GUCAAGACUCUUAUUUUGACAGCAGCUCUGGAAAAGCUCCGUUUUUGUUGCCUUUGCCUAUUAGCUCGACAGUGGUGCUGCUGCUGAGCCUCUCGGCAGUUGUGUGUAUAUGCGUGGAUGGUGGACUGUUCCCGGUGGAAAAAAAACCCGACCCCCGGGGCCCGCAUUAAAAUGCCUCAUCGCCGCGUGUAAACGGGCGAAACUUCGCGGAGGGGAGAGAGUUUAGAGGCAGGUUUUUUUUAGAGGAAAAAUAGAGGCAGGAUGUUGCAAGUUUUAGCUUGUGGCGCCGUAGUUUUCCCCGGUCUCUUCUUCGCCUUUAGGAAAAUCCUGCCGUGUGUGUUCAAACACUGGAGCGAUGCCGAUGUGGUGCUGGUCAGCGAGAGACUGGUGUCCUCCAUCCAUGCCGUCAUGGCCACCACGGUAGGAGUCAUCGUUGUGGCAUCAUGCCGGGAGAGCGUCAUCAACGACAGGCACUGGCUGGCCACCUACUUUAUCAUCUGGUACGGUGGGCCCUACAUGACGUACGACAUCUUCGCCAUGUACCUCAGUCACUACCACCGCUUCCGCGUCAAAGGCCACGAGGACUACAAGCGGCAUUCACUGAAGACCGUGAACUCCUUCGUCCACAGAGAGUUCCUGCUGGUGUUGCAUCACAUCGCCCUGCUCACUAUCCUGCUGCCUGUCACACUGUUCUGCAGAAGCGAUCAGGGGGAUUUCUUCGUCGGCUGCUUGUUUCUAACGGAGCUCAGCACACCCUUCGUCUCCCUGGGGAAGAUAUUUAUUCAGCUCAACCUCCAGGAAUGCUGGCUGCACAAGGCCAAUGGCGGUAUGGUACUUCUCACCUUCCUUCUGUUCCGCAUCGCCCUCUUCCCCUACAUGUACUGGGUGUACGGCCGCCACUACGGCAUCCCGCUCUACAGCGUGCCCGUCCACCUGCCGCUGUCCACCAACCUGGGCAACCUGUGCAUCCUGGCGCCGCAGGUCUACUGGUUCGUCCUUCUUUGCCGAAAGGGCUACCGUCUCUACCGGCGCAGCCGCAUGCCAGACUCGCCUCCCGCGGCCACCGUCACUGACAAUUCUAAGGAUGAUUGAUAUCCGGUUCACGUUUUUGCCCGCUCAAGCCGCACACUCAGCUACUAACGCAACUACUUCUGCAAAAGGCAUUAGUUUGACUUAACACAUUUCAAACCCCACCAUUGUACUGUAGUACACCAGGACUGCCUGCUCUUGUCCAACAACUCCUGGGCAUUUUUUUUUUUCGCACACUUUAAAAAUCCUCCGUUACAAAAAUCUGCAGCCUAAAGUGGACCUCUCCACCGAUACAGCUCUACUACUGAAGUUUGAUGAUUUGCUUUUUAUUUUUUGGGGGGGGCAGGGGGGGGAUUUUGGCUCUUGCCUGGAUCUUGUUGAAGUGCUACACACUGCGUCUGUCAACAUUUACAACAUUGAAGAAAGGGUCGUUUUUGCUUCACUGAGAGAGAAUCCGUGGAGUAAAAAAGAAAGCGAAGAAGAAGCUUCCAUGAGAGAGAGAGAGAGAGACAUUAUCCUUUCCCUUACUCCUACUGUGUUUACAGCCUCUGCUGACUUUGAAGGUCUGUUACAGUGUUUGUGUGAGUGGCUGCUACGACAGGUUGUAUUUAUUGGAAUGAUUCUUUUUUUGCUGGACAGUUGCGUUUCCUUUGCCCAUCCAUCCACUGAUCACACCGACGGGAAAGGUUAGGAAUGGCUGCGGGUAGGGGAUGCAUAUUCAGGCAGUAUUGGCAGGCAAAUACAUGUCACCUCAUUCACUUUUGAGAGCUAGAAACAGCUAACACCCCCCGUUAAUGUGACUUUUCACUUAUCAUUUUUCUUUGUAGCGUCCCAUAGAGCAUGUUACAGUGGCAUCGAUCCCAUUUCCCCCACAUUUACGUCCGUGGCUCACUUAUUUUCCAGAAGCCACCCCCCCCCCUCCCCAACACAGCAGGGUGCUAGCUCUGUAUGCAUGGUGUGUACCCCCCUGGGUUUAAUGCUGCACUCGUGUUCUUGGGAAUACUUCCACUUCCAUUUUAGGAAAGCUUUUCAGGAAUUCGGUUCGGCAAUAAUCUCCGACGUCGGAGUUGGAGAAUGGUGGCACCAACAAAGGGAUUACCUCAGUUGUGGAAACCAUUCUUCAUUUUUCACAAAGUUUCAUUUUUCAUGAUAUGCAUGGCAUUAAACAAGUCCGUGCUGGAUUUCUUCUUUUUUAGGAUGAUACGACAAAGUUCAGUCAAGACCUCAAGUGAAUCUCCUUUGGAAGAAAACAUAAAACAUACUGACCAGGCUGCUCUCGAUGUCUAAAAAAAAACAAACAAUGUAACGCGAUGAUGGGAUGAGAUUAAAAAAAAAUAUCAAUUGCAAGGAUUUUAAUUUCUGCCAGGUUUAUAUCAUUUGCAUGUGUGAGGGUUAGCUGGGUUGGUGAGAGAUUCAUCUUUUGAAUCCACGAUCUCUAUCUGACACUGAAACGCUGGCAGCCAGAGCCGAUGUAGGGCAGCAUGACUCAUGGUCAGAUGUUGAGGAUGUUGGGAUAUUUUUUUUUUGGGAGUGGGGGGUGGGUGGGGGGCGUGGUGAUGCCUAAUGUGGGAUGAACUCAGGGCCAAGGACGGAGCAAUAAGGUGAGCAGAGGCUCGCCGGGGCAAACUUAAACAGAGGAUUGAAGUCUAUGAGCGAUCAGCCACAAAAAGAAAGGAAAGACGGAUAUCAGGAAGUGAUUGUUCCUGUUUAUCCUUAACAUGUCAACUGUUUAGUUCCCCAGAGGCUCUACAGAUCUAUAUGCACUUGUGUACUUCGCACAGGGCUGUAUAUACUGAAUGUUUUUAGAGAUCUACAUCAAGUUUUAGUUUCAUCACGAAAUCAAAAACUAGUUUUAAAACUUAACAUAUAUCUAUAACAUCGUGAUUAGACCUGAUAGGACCUUUUUCUUUUCUUUUUUUUUUAAUCAUGCAAAGCAAUCUUUGUCGUUGCUGUAUUCACAGUUGCAUAAAGACAUUAAAUCUUAAAGGCAUUUAUUAGAGAACAUCACAUGCUUGGGGAUAUUCUUUCUUCAUAUCAAAGAUUAAAUAGAAGGUAUUCUUUUCUUGAGGUUAAUUUAACUCUAAAUAUUCUUGGGUCAUUCAAGCUUCAUAGUGGACUAACUGAUUUAAGAGUGGGUUUAUGGCCUUUUUUAUGUCCUGCAAAUUCAAUCUAUGCAAGAAGAGGCUGCGGUGCAUGUAGACAACACUAAUGUCAAGUCCUUUAGGAUUGACCCACGCCUCAGUUUGUUGUUUAUUUGGGGACCAUCCAUUUUAUUUCUGCUGUACAUUUCUACUGGGACUACACACUACAGGUCAUGGUCUCCUGUUGCAUUUUUUGCUUGUCUUUUUAAAUUGACCUUUAGUGGUGUUGUGAUUCAUUUAAAUUCAUGUAAUGCUGAAAAGAAAAACAAGUGUAUAUUGAUCAUAAGUAAGGGUUUUUGUAGCAUACACCGACACGUUUACAACUGCAGCUCAGUUGACAGACAUGUUGAGUUCUCUCGUUUGGACACUGACCUGAUGGGGCUCCUCUCUUUAUCUGAAAAAAAAAAAAAAAGUUUGCAUGCAACUAAUAAGAAAAUCGUUGGAAAAUAGAACUGACACGGCUAACGAGCUCUACAGGUUUUGAUGAUAAAAUGACUGCAAGGCAGGCAGCUGCAUUUUUAAGAGGCAGCAAACGGCUUUACCUUUUAUCCACAUCUGUUUUGUUUUUUUUGGUUUUUUUUAAUGUUUCCACACGUCUCUUCCUCAGAUGCUCUUGUGUCAUGAUCGCCAGUUUGGUUAAAAGUUAAAGCGAGCCGAUUGCUACUGUGAGUCCAGUGUGGGAUCAUCGUGAAUGCUGACAUGUAGUGACACUGGUACACGUAGAGACAGGACGCACAACUGACUCAGUCAUGUCAGUUUACACGACUAUGUCUAUGGAACAGUUUGUGACAUUACCUAACAGCAACCACCAUACAGCCACUGGUCCCACCAGACGGCCGAGCCCGUUAGAGGCAAAUCCCCUUGAUGAGUUGAGUGAGGGUGAGGUUUAACUUUUCUAUUGUUUCCUUCUUUCAUAAGUUACAUAGUCUCGCUUCAAAGAAGAUCAUCGUGUGGAGGAUCUUGUUGCUCUGCGCUGUGGUUUGAAAAACAUUGGGUAUCCCAUGUCCGGUGGGAAGCAGCAGCAGCACCGGCGUUGUUUGGGAGAAAAGGCGAUGAGUCGUCUUGUCUGUAUAGACUGACAGCCUGUUUGCUGGCAGGCAGCAU